CCCGCCUCAUCAGCUCUCCCCAACUUCCUGCCUCCCGGCUUCCCGCCUCCCAGUUUCCUGCCACCCAGCUUCCCGCCCAGCGGUUUAAACUGACCAACUGUUGCCCGCCACCUCGGCUCUCUCGGCUUCCCCACUCCCUCAGCCCUUCAGUCCCCUAUAAAAGAACUCUGCUCCUCUGAGCGGCGCGGCCAUUUUCCUGUUCUUCCUGGCUGGUCCGCCCGGAGGCUCUUUCCUCUCAAUAAAGCCUGAACUUAAGACUUUCUUCUAACCUGCAGCCCGGUUUUUUUCUGAACGAGCUCUGUCUUCCCGUAGAGGGUAGGUCGGACAAGUGGUACCGAAACCCAGGAGUUGGGGCCGCUGGCCCAGCCACGGCCCCCUCCCCCGACCUACCCAACAUUGGCCCUGCCACCUCUACGCUCUGAUUAAGGUAAGCCAAGCUUUUUCUUGCUUUACCUUCCCCCGCUUCCCUUCUCCUCCUCCUACGGCACGGUGCAGUUGCUCCCCUCCGGCGUUCCGCACAGACUCCUCACCUAGUCUCGGCUGAGCCGAGGAAGUCCUCCGUUCCGGCUCCAGGAGCCUUCCGAGGGGUAGCUGCCAGACGGGGGACGCCCCUCUGACCGCUUCCCUAACCGUACUUAACUGUACUCCGGGGAAUUUGCAACGAAAGGGGACGCCUUUUCUUUGCAUCUACCCAACCGCGCCGGAGGGUCUGUAGCUAUGCCCGCCAUGGGAAAUUUGGAGUCCAAAAUACCUUCUAGCACCCCCCUUGGGUGCUUGCUGCGAAAUUUUACCAAAUUGGGAUACUCCCAAACCCUCAGAAAGAAAAAGCUUGUCUUCCUGUCCCAGGUGGCUUGGCCCCAAUACAAACUCAGUAACCAGUCACAUUGGCCCCCGACUGGCACUUUCGAUUUCAACACCCUCUGAGAUCUCGACAAUUUUUGUCGCCACACAGGCAAAGACAAUGAAAUUCCUUACGUUCAGGCUUUUUGGGACCUCCGUACCCACCCUGACUUAUGUUCUUCCUGCUCCACUUACCAAAUCCUCUUAGCUCGUACCCCUCGUAAAUCUUCCUCCACUACCUCUCCCCCUCCCUACUCCUCAUCGGAAGAUCUGCCUGAACAUCUGUCCCCUCCUGCCAACCUUGGCAACCAGUCGCCAUCAACAGCACACCCUUCCCCCACUCCCUCUGCACCUCCUACCUCAGAGGCCAUGCCUCGCCCUUCCUCCACUCCCUCUGGGCCCCCUCCCUCGGAGGCCGCACUUCCUCUUGCCUCCCAGGUGGCAGCCCACACCCGCUCUCACCAACCAACUAUCCUGGCCCCACUCCGAGAAGUAGCAGGCACUGAAGGCUUAGUCAGGGUCCAUGUUCCUUUCUCACUCCAAGACCUGUCCCAAAUUGAGAAACGGUUAGGAUCCUUCUCAGCCGACCCGUCCACCUAUAUUAAGGAAUUCCAAUACCUCACUGAAGCCUACAGCCUCACUUGGCAUGAUAUCCGUGUUAUCUGUACCUCCACCCUCACUGCAGAAGAGCACGAGCGCAUCCUAGCGGCAGCCAGACACCAAGCAGAUAAAGAUCAUGCUAUAGAUAACCAGAUCCCCCUAGGCCCCAAAGUAAUCCCAAGUGAAGACCCCCAAUGGGACUAUCAGGCUAGUCGAGGGUCUGAUAUACCCAAGAGAGACCGCAUGAUUAGAUACCUCCUCAGGGGAAUGGAUACUGUAUCUAACAAAGUUGUAAACUAUGAUAAACUAAGAGAAGUCACCCAACUACCCGAUGAAAACCCUGCCCUGUUUCUCACCCAUCUUCAAGACGCCCUUACCUGCUUUACUCGCCUAGACCCAGCCUCACAAAACUGGGCGACUGUCCUAGCAUCUCAUUUCAUAUCUCAGUCCGCCCCUGAUAUCUGGAAAAAACUGAAGAAGGUAGGAGAUGGCCCCAAAACCCCUAUACAGGACUUGGUAAAAAUGGCCUUUAAAGUAUUCAAUGCCAGGGAAGAUGCGGCUGAGGCUGCCCGCCAAACUCGCAUGAAGCAGAAAGUCGCUCUACAGACCCAAGCCCUAGUAGCAGCCCUUCGGCCGGCAGAAAUAACAAGGGUAAAGCAAAUACCCGCACCCCUCCCGGGGCGUGUUUCAAAUGUGGAAAAGAAGGGCACUGGUGAAAAGCCUGCCCCCAGCCACCCCUAUUUGUCAGCUCAUGGGACACUGGAAGUCGGAUUGCCCUAACUCACCUCAGGCCUCAGUUCCUCAAAACUCUGGCACGAGGGGGCAGCAGGGUAACAUCCCCCGGAGCCAGGCUUCUGCCUCAGCUGGUCAGGAGCCAGGCAUUCAGGAAUCUCCAAUCCCAAAGCUGUUAGGGUUCAGGGAUGAUUAACAGGGCCCUGGCUCCUCAACCUCAGUUACCCUUGCUGAGCCCAGGGUCAUGCUCCAGGUAGCGGGUGAGAGCGUACACGGGGGCUACCUACUCCGUUCUUCCCUCCUUUUCAGGCAAAUCCACCCCUUCCCAGGUCUCUGUUAUAGGAAUUGAUGGGUCCCCCUCCACUCCUCACCAAACUCCACCCUUAACCUGUCUGUUUGGCCCUUCCAUUUUUACCCACUCCUUUCUAGUCAUUCCCUCUUGCCCUGUACCUCUCCUAGGGUGAGAUAUCCUAGUAAAAUUGCAAGCUACCAUUACUUUUCCACACACAGAAACCUUCCUCUUACCCCUCAUCACCAACUCACCUUCCCCCCUUCCUCUGGCCGAACUCCUCCCUGACGUAAAUCCCAAAGUAUGGGAUACUGAUACCCCCACUGUAGCCUCACACCACCAACCCAUACUCAUACACCUAAAAGACCCCACAGCCUUCCCUUCUCGCCCUCAGUUUCCUAUCUCCAAAGUUCACCGCCUCGGCCUCCUACCUAUCAUAAAUAAACUGAAAGCUCAAGGACUACUCAUUCCUGCAAACUCCCCCUGCAACACUCCCAUUCUGCCUGUGAAAAAGCCCUCAGCUGGAUCAAAGCUUUCCCCACAGCUUAUAAAACCGCAGGAGUUGUAGCCGAGCACCUCAUCCGGGACAUCAUUCCCCGAUUCGGCCUUCCUUCUACCAUCCAGUCAGACAACGGACUUGCCUUUAUUUCUAAGAUCACCACUGCCGUUUCCACAUCCUUAGGGAUUCAGUGGAAACUGCAUGCAGCCUACCAUCCCCAGUCCUCAGGUAAAGUAGAACAGGCCAACGGCCUCAUCAAAGAACACCUAACAAAACUUGCCCUCGAACUCCGCCAGUCCUAGGUUACCCUACUUCCUAUUGCUUUGACAAGGCUUCGAGCAAGCCCCCAGGGCCCCUCACAACUCAGCCCUUUUGAGCUGCUAUACGGACGGCCCUUCUUACUCUCCUCCCCCCUACCACCAGACCCCCCUCCUCUAUCUACCUACCUGCCCUAUUUCACCCUCCUCCGAGCUCUUCUCCAAGAACACACUGAUAUCUCCCGUCCCCAGCCUGAUUCCUCCCCUAACCAAAUACAGAAAGUUUCCCCAGGAGACCUGGUCCUUAUAGAGUCACUCUCUCCAAAGCCACUAACUCCCAGGUGGGAAGGGCCAUACACAGUCAUCCUCACCACCCCCUCAGCAGUAAGAGUCGCCGAAAUCUCCUUGUGGGUGCACCUAACCAGAGUAAAGAGAACAUCUCAUGGGCCUCCCAAAUCCUCCUAGAAUGUUACCUCUACUGGUCCUCUAUCUCUUAAGCUUACCAGAACCCCACAACACCUCCAGUAACCCUCCUUCUUUUAUAUGGAGAUUCUACCUAACUGAAAAUUACACCAAAACCACACACAUUUGCAACACCCCUCCCUACAGCCACAACCACCUCCUCUCCACUUAUGACUGCCCCCCUACAGGGUGCAACUCACCCAUCUUUCUAAACUUCACUGAUUUCAAAAACAUACCCCGAAAUGACUUUUGGGGUCAUAAUCCUGUCCUCUGUUUUCUCUAUGAUCAAAAAGGCCCCUGCAAAAUGUCAUCUCACCUAAAUUGCAUAAGAUGCACCUGGACGAGUUGCGCCGCCCCCCCAGCACUCCAUAGCGCCGAUUACUCCGACUCCAAGCUGGAAUACCACAUUUUCAGCCGUCCUCCCUAUCACUCUGUCCAAAUCCCUGACCCUUCAAACUCCCGCUGGACCACACUCCAAAAAGCAGCUGUAUACGACACCAUAAAUACCGGGUACCCCUCCUCCCACCUCUAUAUCUGGAGAGCUUUGGUAGCUCUACCCGCUACCCUUAAAGAAGUUCACUCCUCCAUUCACACCCAGGAACAAACGCUGACCCAACAACUUCAGCCAUCCUCUCAACCUUUCUCAUGGCUAACCCUCCUCAAUGAAGGCCUAAAAAUCACUAACCAGCUUGCCAACCGAACGAGUCUACCAAAGCUAUCUUCAUGCCUCAUGUGCGCCACCCCAGGACAAAGCCCUUUAGUCGCAGUCCCAUCUAACACUCACGCCAGCUCCUCCAAACCGUCCUCCCGGGCUACCCCCAUAGCAGAUGUCGAGGUCUACCUGCCCCCAAACCAGCGAACACCAGUCUGCUAUGGGAACAGCUCUCCCACCUGCAGCCCCACUAUACCCAUAACCACCAAUCUCACCGCUCCUCAUGGAACCUGUUUAUGGUGCAACAGAACACUUUUCAAAACCCUCAACCCCUCUACACCCUCCCGCAGCCUAUGCCUACCAGUAACCCUCGUACCCCGAUUAACCAUUUACUCCCCAGCAGAGUUCCAACAACAAUUCAUACAUCAUCGUGUACGACGGGCCGCCUUUUUACCCCUCAUAGUAGGUCUCUCUCGCCGGAUCAGCCAUAGGAGCCGGAAUAGGGGGAGGAGCCCUAGCCCACUCCCGUCAGGCCCUAGCACGACUAACCUCUCAAUUUCAGGCCGCCAUCGACAAUUCUGCAGAAUCUUUAGCCUCUCUCCAAAGACAGAUCACCUCAGUGGUACAGGUCGCCCUACAAAAUCGCCGGGCGUUAGACCUCCUCACCGCCGAGCGAGGAGGAACCUGCAUCUUCCUACAAGAAGAAUGCUGCUACUACAUCAAUGAGUCCGGCCUAGUAGAAACCCGAAUUGAGAACCUCCAGAAGUUAACCUGCAGAAUCAAAAAUUCUCAGCUGAAGCCACAGCACAGUGGUCUUCCUCUGUGUAUACCCUCUUGUCCCCGUUGCUUGGGCCCCUGAUAGCCGUUUGCCUAAUCUUACUUAUCGCUCCUUGCUUUCUACAGUUCCUACAGCGGCGCUUUCAGGAACUAACUCGAGUCACCAUCCACCAGAUGCUGCUCCGACCUUACCCCGAACAGGUGCUGGAAGCGGACCCCUCCCCGAACAUCCAGGCUCCUUAGGAAAAGAAACCUCUUCAGAACCCCCCGUAGACCCUUGUCAGCAGGAAGUAGCCAGAGAGACAACCGACGCCCCUGACCCCCUCUCUUCUUUUCUUUAAGGAGUCGGGAAUGUUUGGAAAACUCUGUCCCUGUCGUGAAAGCCCUCCCCCUCCCACACAAAGGGACUCCCUUAUCUCUCACUCUACAUACCGUCCUGGCCUUCCCCCCGGCCGCAGCCACCUCCCGCCCGGCAACCGGCUGACCAAUCACCGCCCGCCUCAUCAGCUCUCCCCAACUUCCUGCCUCCCGGCUUCCCGCCUCCCAGUUUCCUGCGGCCCAGCUUCCCGCCCAGAGGUUUAAACUGACCAGCUCCCUAUAAAAGAACUCUGCUCCUCUGAGCGGCGCGGCCAUUUUCCUGUUGUUCCCGGCUGGUCCGCCAGGAGGCUCUUUCCUCUCAAUAAAGCCUGAACUUAAGACUUUCUUCUAACCUGCGGCCCGGUUUUUUUCUGAACGA